ACAUAUUCAUUCUCCCACACUCCGCCAUUCCCAUCCCCCACUGCCCAUUUCUGUUGGAAUUUUACAGAAUGUAUCACUGCUUCGCUCUCUCUAAUCCAUCGGUAGGGUUUUAGGCUUCUUUAUCUUCAAUUCUCCUUCCACCCUUUCAUUUCGCGCUCUCUCUGCUUCUAGGCUUGUACUCUUGGAAAAGCUGAACUUUGUGGAUUUCAUGCAUGCUAUAAAGGGUGGGUGGACGGGGCAUCCUCUUGCCCUAGCCCAGAACAAUGAGGCUGAAGGGAGGAAGACCAGAAUUCGGCGUUCAAAGGAGGAAAGGAAGGCAAUGGUUGAAGUCUUCAUAAAAAAGUACCAGGAAUCAAAUAAUGGGAGUUUCCCCUCACUCAACCUUACUCACAAGGAAGUUGGUGGAUCUUUCUAUACGGUGCGAGAGAUUGUACGUGAUAUAAUCCAAGAAAAUAGAGUCCUUGGUCCAGGAAAGUUAUUAGAAGAGGAAGAACACAGAAUUGAUCAUUCACUUGAAGAGAAUCCACUCCACUCAAUUGCUAUUGAACCUCAAUCUCCUUUAACGUUAUCGGCUAAGGAAGUCCAUUUUCCAAUCAACUACGACCAAGAUAUAAAUGAAGAACCAAUCUUUGUUUCAGAUGAGCAAUGCACUACAACAAAUAUUCAGGGAUCACAGAAUGGGCCAAUAAUUAAUGGUAGCCUGGUGGACAUAAACGACAAGGAACCUGGGGAAUUUAUCGAGUCAGAGUUGCUAGUAAAUGAACACAAGAAAGUAGAGGAAGUGGUAAAAGAGGAAUCAGGAAUGCCAAUUAAUCAUGUAACUCCUUUGGCAACAGAUGUUGUGGUAGAGACAUUCCCAUUGGAUUCAGGUUCUUGGGGUGUUAAUGGUUCAGAUGUAAGAUCUGAGAUAUUGAUUUCAACCAGUGCCUCAGAAAAGCAAGUUAGUCAAACCAUUGAGUUAGAAUCAGAUGUUGGCUUGUUUAACAUUAAAGCUUCUGGCUGUGUAGUUGAGAAAGCAGAGGAAAACUUUGCAGGUCCAUUAUCAGAAUCUGAUAUGGUGGAGGCAGCACAAAUUGUUGAAACAUCUAAUGGAUCUACUGUGAAAGAAGGUAUCAUUUAUGAAGUUGGGGGUCCUGAGUUGGAAGUUUGCAGUGAUACUCCAAUAUCUGUGACCUUUGAACAAGGCCAGAAAUCUAGUGAAAUGAAGGCUCCAAAUGCUUCUCCAAGUACUAUUGAGAAUCUCAACAAGACAUUCAGCAAUGGGUUUGAUCAGGCCUCAAAAAUCAAAGAGGAGACAGAGAUGGAAAAUAAAGUAGAUGCUGGACAAACUGGUGGCUCCCAGAAAGAAAGCAUUCCAACUUUAAACAGAAUUAAUCUUGAAUCAUGGGAAGGGAUGUCCAAAAACUCAUCAAAAGCCGAAAACAACCCGGUUUUGGAAAUCUUCAAGGCAUUUAUCGCUGCCUUCGUGAAGUUUUGGUCUGAGUAAAUAAUAUGAUUGUCGAGUAUAAACGAAUAGAGAGUAGUAGUAGUUAAAUUUUCUGCCACAGAACCUGUCUGUCUUUGUACCAAGUUGCAAUCGGUUACCCCGUUCACUCGAGUCGGUCCCAUCGUCGAUAAUUACAAGGACAAAACUGGAUUCUGGAUGUGGGUUGGCAUUUCUGUACGCUGCAGUAAGAAAGAAAGUUUAGGAGUAGGCAUUUCCCACCCCUCUCAGUAGCUUGUAGAAGGGGUAUUUUUCUUUUUAAUCUUUUUACUGUAACCGUGAGAUAUGUCCCACCCUUAUGAUUUUAUUCCAGAUAUGAAUGGUUUCCUAUUCAUUUUUCAUUACCAUAUGAUAAAAAAGAGGAAGAAGAAAAAGUUGGAGUAACGUGAGAAGGAGCCUUUGAUGGUAAGGUGUUUGUGUGUUAGGAGGAGGACAGGGAAACAAGAGAGAAAGGCAUAUACAGAUUGGAGUUUUAAUAGGCAUCUUCUUUCCCCCUUUUUGCUCUGA